GGAGGUAGACUGUUGGAAAAGAAAGUGACGCCUACGUGACACACAAGGGUUGGACAUGACGAGAAGGGGGAAAAGGCCAGAGAGAAGAGAAGAAGCUCCAGAAGACGUCUGGCUUUACUGCUGUUUCAAACUGGAAUAUUUCUUACAAUGGCAAGCGCUUUAAAGGUGUUGCGGUGUUUUGGGCCAUAAUUCUUCUCACUGAGGUGAACUGCGCUGCACUUUAACCUCUGAGAAAGUCAACACAGAGCAGAAGACCUCUGAGUCAACUGUGCUGUCUGUCUCGGGUUUAGAAAGGUGUUAUGGAUCUACAGUAUUUCCUGUGCUGGAGAGUUGCCCCACUGUUUCUCUUGAUGCCAUGUGGGCUCCAUUGUAUGUCAGUGCACAUCCUCAAUGAAGAGCCGGUGUAUGUAAUCCCCGCAUCCAGCCUGGAUCUGAAAGCCCAGAUCAAGCGUGGACACCUGGAAGACAUCUCCACAAUAACCUGGGAACACGAGCCUGAAACGGGGUUUAAUAUUGAGAGAGCGACACUGGCCACGUGCUCUGGCAGGAGUCUCAAGUGUGCUGGUACGAGGCCAAAUGUCCGUGUGAGCACCGAGCAGCAGGAGACGACACUCCAGAUUAAUGGAUACACCACAGCGGACAGCGGCGUGUACACUCUGACUGUGACAGAUCGCCAAGGAGCCAACACCUCCACACAAUGCAUCGUCAGGGAAUACGAGGCAGUCCACCACGUCUCCGUCAGCAUUAACGUGUCCCACUCCUUGCUUGUUUGUACCGAGGCC